AUGGCCGAGCAAAACGUUGGUGCCGUCGUUGCCCUUUCGCCCCCGGAGGAAGGCGACAAUGUCUGGGAGGCGAAGCAGGUUGAACUCGUCCGCAACCUGCCACCCGGAGAUGACCAGGGACGCCAUUCUAUUGACUGGAGCUUUGGACCUGUCAAGAUCAGCGGCUACGUCGAUACAAACACCUUUGAAGUCGGUCUGACCGUCUCAAUCGCCGGCAUCAACAUUGGCAACAUUUUUGGCAAUCUCAAGGACGGUGUUGGUCUCAAGAUCAACCUUUUGGCUGCUAAGGGCGAGAUCAGAGUUUACCUCAAAAACGGGAAUGAGGUCUGGAUUCACCUUGACGUCAAGAUUGUCUUCGAUGGCCACUAUGAGGGAGAUUACAAGAUCAUCACUAUCUGA